AUGUUGAAUAAACCGAGAGAUGAUGAUGCCAAGGAUAACGAAGUAAUCUCAAGCAAGAAUGCAAAUAUAGACCAAGAAAUUACAAUGGGUGUUGAUGAAAACAGCAGUUUGAGUCCAUAUGAGGAAAAAGCACCAGCUACUCAUGACUACAAUAAGAUUCAGAUACCUGAUGGAGGGUAUGGAUGGGUUGUUGUUGGAUGUUACUUCUUUUUGAAUUUUUGUACAUGGGGUUCGAAUGCUGGUUUCGCUAUUUAUUUGACAUAUUAUUUGGACAGUAAUAAAUUCCCAGGUGGAACCAAGGAGGACUUUGCUGCCGUUGGUGGGUUAGCAUUUGGCGCAGGGUUAAUGUUUGCGCCAUUGAUAAAUUACUUUGUGUUUAGGACUAGUGUUAAAAUAUCAAUCGGUGUAGGCAUCGUCUUACAGGGCGCUGCAUUGCUACUAUGUGCCUUUUCAACUAAAUUAUGGCAGGUAUUUUUAACGCAAGGGUUACUCAUAUCAUUUGGGUUAGCAUUUAUUUCAAUCCCAGCAACCAAUAUCCUUACUCCUUGGUUUAGAAAAAAGAGAACUUUGGCUCUCGGUUUGGGUGCUGCCGGAUCUGGUCUAGGUGGUGUCGUUUUCAAUUUAGGCAUGCAAAGAAUCUUAGAAAUCAAGUCAUUGAGAUGGGCACUUAUUUCACAAUGCAUUAUCGAUACUGUACUCAGUACUAUUGCGCUAAUGCUAAUCAGAACCAGAGAAACGGCUGUUCAGGAGACGACGAAAGAAAAACCAAAAUUCUUUGAUCCCUCUUUACUCAGACAUUACGUCGUAUGGUUUUUAAUUCUUUACGUCGGUACUACAAUGUUGGGCUACGUUGUGCUUCUUUAUUCAUUGAGUGCAUUCACAGUUUCUUUGGGGUACACGCAAAAGCAAGGAUCUGUUGUUUCAUGCAUGAUUAGUGCUGGCGGCUGUGCAUUUCGACCACUGGUGGGCUAUUGUGCUGAUAGAUUUGGUCCAGUUACCGUUGGAAUUGUUGUCCAUGCCAUCGUUGGAAUUCUAUGCGUUGCCAUGUGGAUUCCAUGCCGUAACUUGGCAACAGCUAUCGCGUUUAGUCUUUUAUCAGGUGCCCUCAUGGGUAGCAUAUGGCCAUUAUUAACCAGUAUCAGCUCGAGGAUCGGGGGCUUAAACAAACUAGCCUCAAUAUACUCUUUUACUUGGCCUUGUGUUGGAAUGUGUGCUAUUGUAUCGCCUAUUAUAGGGCUAAAAUUACGUAGUAACGACCCAACAGUGUCCAAUGCUUACGUGAAUACAGCCAUCUUUUCUGGUAUGGGCUAUUACGGAGCGGCCCUAUUUUUAUGGCUGAUAAGAGGCUAUCUUAUUGCCCGUGACAAGUUGGCUAUUGCAGCGAAGACUGGCCACGAUGAUGGUGAAUUGCAUUUGCGCGUAUCAGUGCCAGAUUUCUUAAAAGAAUUAUUCAACAUAGGACGCCUUCCAAGAAAAGUAUAG